UCCCCAAACCAGCCCACCUGCCUGGGAGCUGCAGAAGGGAGGGUAUCAGGCCAGGCUGCCAGGGACCCCCUAAGGCAGAAGCAGGUAAGGGGGGGGAGAGAUGCAGCUCUGGCUGAAGGAAGGGAAUAUCCAUGUGCUUUUUUCAACCAUUUGAACACUGGUGAGGGCGAAGCAAGUAUGCAUGCAGUUGUAGAGGGUGGGAAGAUUCCUGCAAGAGAUUGUGAAGGACAAAGUAUUAGGCAUGUAUAUUUAUUAAUGCUUAUGCACUUGUUGGUUGUAAAAAAACCCCACACGCCCUCAAAGCCGUUUCCAAAAAGAUAGAACAAUGAAAUUAUCAAGAGGAAAAAUUAGCAAACCUAAUUUAGGACCAAUGCAUGUAAAAAAAGUCACCAGCUGCCUCCCUAGUAAUUGAAUCCCAAAUCUGCAGGGGCAGAAUAUGGUGCUUUGAGGUUCUUUCAGGGUUGUGUUUACAUCAUAAGCUUCCUCUGGUGAUGGAGAGGAGUUUGGGCAAAGCAGGAGCUAAAGAACUUCAUUUUCUGGUUCUCUUCCAGCUCAGGAAUCUGCCUGGACAAUGGAUGAAUGGAGAGCGGAAGUUAGAGAGACCGCCAAAGCACACGAGAACAGAAACCUCAAUGAAGAUCUAAGGAUUGUUCUUGUUGGGAAGACGGGAGGAGGAAGAAGUGCCACAGGAAACACCAUUUUGGGCGAAAAGAAGUUCGAGUCCAAAGCUUCACUGAAGGCAGUGACCCAGACUUGCAAGAGAGAAGUCCGGGCAGAGAAGUGGGAAGGAAAGCAAGUUGUUGUCGUUGACACUCCGGCCAUUUUUGACACCUGCCUUCCAGAGCAGCAGAAUAAUGCAGAGAUCCAGAAGUGCGCCUCUCUGUGUGAGCCAGGUCCCCACGCCCUGGUGUUUGUGACGCAGGCUGGCCGUUUUGCCGAGGAAGACGCUGUGGCCGCCAAGAGGGUGGAGGAGGUCUUUGGCCCAGAGGCCACAAAGUGCAUGAUCGUCUUGUUCACCCGCAAAGAAGACCUAGAGACAGAAAGCCUAGAGGAGUACAUAGAGCUAUCUGGAAACCGACCUCUUCAGGAUUUGGUGAGGAAGUGCCAGGGCCGUUGCUGCGCUUUCAACAACAGAGCAACAAGAGAUGAGCAGGAGCUGCAAGUGAAGGAGCUGCUGGUGGAAAUUAAGCAGAUGAUGAUGGACAACCAGAACAAGCCUUUCCUUGAGCAGUUUCCAAGAGGACAUACAAGAAGCGCAGCUGAAAUGAAUCCAGAGGAAGAAGCAAUGGACACUGACAAGGGAGGACCAAGUAUAUUCCCUAAAGAGCCUGGGAACCAGAGUCGAUACCACAAGGAUUCCGAACUGCGGGUUGUUCUUGUCGGGAAGACGGGAGGAGGCAGAAGUGCCACAGGAAACUCCCUUCUGGGGAAGAAGACCUUUGAGUCCAAACUCUCCCCAAAGCCAGUGACCCAGACAUGCAGCAGAGAAGUCCGGGCAGAGAAGUGGAAGGGGAAACAAGUCGUCAUCAUUGACACUCCGGCCAUUUUUGAUGCUCAAACACAGCAUGAUAUUCUGGAAGUCCAGAGGUGCCUCUCUCUUUGUAAGCCAGGUCCCCACGCCCUGGUGUUUGUGACACAGGCUGGCCGUUUCGCCCAGGAAGACAAUGUGGCCACCAAGAGGGUGGAAGAGGUCUUUGGCCCAGAGGCCACAAAGUACAUGAUUGUCUUGUUCACCCGCAAGGAAGACCUAGAGACAGAAAGGCUAGAGGAAUACAUAGAGCUAUCUGGAAACCGACCUCUUCAGGAUUUGGUGAGAAAAUGCAAGGGCCGUUGCUGCGCUUUCAACAACAGAGGGACGGGAGAGGAAAGGGCCAGCCAGGCGGAAGAGCUGCUGUCUCUGAUUGAGAAGGUGGUUCAGGAGAACGGGGACCAGCCGUAUCUCAAGCCGCGUCCGAUGGAGAUGUCACUGAGGUCAGAUGGAAGGAAUCCUGGGGAGACUUCAAAGCAGACAGCAGCAGAGGAACCAGUGGAAGAUGAAAUGAAUGCUGGAGGAAUCCCCAAAGGGCAGCGGAAGAAGAAAUCAAAGAAGGCAUUUACGGUUUCCCUUUGUUCGUACCUUGUCCCAGAAUCCGGCGAAGCUUCCAAAGAAGGCAAAAGAGGAGCAGGAAAAUAUUGUCCUCCAAUGUAAACGGAAGCAGCCUCAUCAAUAAACACAGCAGGAUAA